AUGCAGUCACCGUUCAUUUUGUUAUUUAGCUCGGAUGAAAAGACUUCAAUAGUCGUGAACACGAUUUUUAAAAAAGUCUUAUUUAUUUAUUUAUUUAAUCUGUCGGACCGACCUGCCGGGAAGGGGUUGGAGCGUUCCAAGAUGGCGGCCUGGUUACGGCGCUGCGUGUUGCUGGGCAGGCUCAGAGGGGCGGCGGAGCGGCCAGUUGCCAGAAGGUGCCUGUUGUCUGCAGCUUAUUUGGAUAGUAAGAAAUGGGACCAGAGAAAGAAAGAUCCUCAGAGCCUGGCUGAAUUAGCUGGACAAAUGGACAUGACAUACGAAAAGAAACUUCCUGUCAGCUCCUUAACUAUAGCACGGUUUAUUGACAACAUUUCUACAAGAGAAGAGAUUGAUCAGGCUGAAUAUUAUCUUUACAAGUUUCGACAUAGUCCAAACUGCUGGUACUUACGAGAAUGGACCAUCCACAGCUGGAUUCAACAGUGUCUGAAGCACAAUGCUAGGGACAAGGCCUUGCACACCUUAAGAAACCAGGUGCAAUAUGGAAUUUUUCCGGAUAACUUCACAGCAAAUUUACUCAUGGAUUCUUUCAUCAAGGAGGGAGACUUUACAAAUGCCCUCGCUGUUGUCAAUGAACUGAUGCUCCAGGAAGUAUUUGAUGAAAAAUGUACACAGCUUCUUUCCCUCUACGUUCUAUAUAAAUAUCUGCACAGUAAACCAGAACUGAAGUUGGAAGAUGAGCAAAAUAUAGGUGCAGCUUUACUUUUGCUUGGGCUGAAACAGAACAACACAAUUGGUUUUAGCUCUCGGCUUCUGGGUCUUGCAUUCAUUGGGAAGAUUGAGGUGUAUAAAGGAAUCCGUGCAGUUUACACCAAAAUGCCCCUGAUCUGGACCCCAGGAUACUUGAAUCGAGCUCUAAAUGUAAUGGAGGACAUGGUGAAAUCAUCAGAUGGAACAAAGCUUUGUAAAGAAGCGGUGGAUGUCAUGGCAACCAUAUUGGAGACAGCAGCAUCUGAGACCAAUGAAUCCACAGUGACAGAAGAAUCACAGGAAACAAAACAAGAAGCUGCACCUGCUGAGGAGGAUCAUAAUGAAAGAUCAAAUCUUGCAGACUAUUUAAACAAAUUUAAGGAACUACAUGCAAAGCUAGAGUCACUUGGAAAGAUUGAAGAAGAAAGUCUAUUGGCGCAAACAGACAAGCUCAUCAAAGAAAAUCUUCCAUUAUCUGAAGCUGAUGAGAUCCUUAAUUAUGAGAAGAAGUUAGAAAAAUGGGAAGAAGAACGUGCUGGAUUGAUUCAGCGUGAGGAAGAGUUGAGGGAGAAAGCUCGUCAGGAAAGAGAAGCCAGACUAGCAGCAAAAGCUGCAAGUUAGACCUAUUUAAGUGCUCCUCACUCCUGACCCCCACCCUUUGGACCUUCUAUGAAUGUUACUAUAUUGAUUAAAUCGUGCCAUGAAACACUGUGUAAUAUUUUUGCAUUCUAAUUAAUAAACAGUAAGAGCAUUUA